AUGGCAUCACGCUUCUCCACCAUCUUUGGUCCGCCCCAGGAGGCCAAGUCACUGCUCGACUUCCACAGCAUCCUUUCUCCCUCGGCGGGUAUCCGUGUUUCCCCUCUAUGCCUGGGCGCCAUGAACUUCGGCAACGCGUGGGAGGAAGGAAUGGGAAAGUGCGAUAAGGAGACUGCGUUUGAAAUGAUGGACUUCUUCUGGGAAAAAGGAGGGAACUUUAUCGAUACUUCAAGCAACUACCAGAACGAACAGUCCGAGAUGUGGAUCGGCGAGUGGAUGGCCGCUCGCGGUAACCGUGACCAGAUGGUCAUCGCAACCAAAUUCACCACCACCUUUCCGGAUCCGUUGCACAACCCGCCUCUCCAGAAGAAGAACUACGCAGGCAACAGCACCAAAUCGCUGCGACUAUCCCUUGAGGCAUCGCUAAGAAAACUGCAGACAGACUAUGUCGACGUGCUAUACGUGCACUGGUGGGACUUUACUACGGGGGUUGAAGAGUUAAUGCAAAGUUUGAAUCAGGUGGUGCAGCAGGGGAAAGUUCUGUACUUGGGAGUUUCCGAUACCCCAGCUUGGAUUGUAAGCAAAGCGAAUCAGUAUGCCCGUGAUCACGCCCUCCGCCCCUUCUCCGUCUACCAAGGCCGCUGGUCAGCAGCCGACCGCGACUUUGAGCGAGAUAUCAUCCCCAUGGCACGCAGCGAGAACAUGGCGCUGGCCCCUUUCGGGGCCCUGGGUGGUGGCAACUUCACUGUGGCCGAAAAAGCCGCCAACAACGAGCAAGGCCGGAAUUUCCGCCCGCAGACUGAAGAGCAGCGCAUCAUUUCCGAGCACCUAGCCACACUCGCCGAGAGGAAGGGGACGAAGAUCACGUCCGUAGCGCUGGCGUACGUGAGGCACAAAGCACCAUUUGUGUUUCCGAUUGUGGGCGGGAGGAAGGUCGAGCAUUUGAAGGGAAACAUUGAAGCAUUGGAGGUAGCGCUCACUGAGGAGGAGAUUGAUGAGAUUGAUUCGGCCAUCAAGUUUGACAUUGGAUUCCCUUUGAAUUUUACGUUUGGACCUGGGUAUAAGAGCAGCAUGACAAGUAAGGAUAUGGGGCUGUUGUCGUUCGCGGGUGCGCUCACGACUCCGCAGAACCAAGUGUUUGCCAGGCCAGAGAUUCAUAAGAUGAAGUAG